CUGACCGUCAGACAUGUCAACUGCUGAUCUGAGAGAGGAGCUAAACUGCUCCAUCUGCCUAAGCAUCUAUAUUGAUCCCGUCACCCUCAGAUGUGGCCACAACUUCUGCCAGAAGUGUAUUAAAGACGUGCUGGACACCCAGGAUGGAUCUGGAGUCUACACCUGCCCAGACUGCCGGGAGGAAUUUAUGGAACGUCCCAUGCUGCGGAAGAACACUACCCUGAGUAACAUAGCUCAGCACUUCAUGUCUGUUAAGCCAAACCUCGUGGUGGGGUGUAUCUACUGUACAUAUUGUGACCUGCCCGUAGCUGCUGUGAAGUCUUGUCUUCAGUGUAAAACCUCCAUGUGUGAAAAGCACUUAAAGAAACAUAACCAUUCAGUGGAGCACAUGCUGGUGGAGCCCAUCACAAAAUGUCCAGUCCACAACAAGUUCUUGGAGUACUACUGCUUUCAGGACUCAGUCCCUACCUGCAUUACCUGUUACCAGGUUGGAGAACAUAGAGGACAUCAAGUGGAGUUGUUGGAUGGAGCCUUCAAGAAAAAGAGAGAGACUUUGAGGACCAUUUAUAGGACUCUUACUUUAAGUAGAAAAGAAACGGAGGAAAGAGUCCAACAUUUGAAGCAGUAUCACACAGAAGUGACCAAGAAAAUAUCUGCAGGUGCAGAGAAGGUAAUGGCUCUGUUUGGCGACCUCAGGAAACAACUGGAUGACCUAGAAAACCAAGUCCUCAAGGAGGUUGCCAAACAGGGGGAUAGGCUGUCAGUCUUGGUCUCCAAUUUGAUCGAGCGGCUGGAAAUAAAAAUGGAUGAGUUGUACAGUAAAAUGUGUUACGCUGAGGAGUUGAGUCAAGUGACUGAUACAGUAAGAGUCAUACAAGAAGAAGAGUCCGAGCAAGGUGACUUCUGUUGUACCAAGGAGAGCGAGAAGGAGGAAGGAGAGAGCUACAAUAAAAUAGUCUAUGAUGCAGGUGAUCUGGAUAUCGGUCUGAUCUCAGAAUUGUUACACACAGGCUUAUCUCACAUUAUGACAAGUGCCAACAUAUGGUUCUAUACCAUGAAACCGGCUGAGCUAUUCCUAGAUGUGAACACGGCCGGUAAACAUGUCCACAUUUCACAUGACUUCAAAAGGGUAUCCUGCUCAAAUAUUGCCCAGAAUCUCCCCAAAACAUCUGAGAGGUUCCAGUAUAACCAGGUUCUAAGCACCAGAAGCUUCUCCUCAGGUAAACACUACUGGGAUGUAGAAACCAGCAACUUUGGGUGGUGGAUGAUUGGGAUGAGUUACCCCAGUAUAGAAAGAACAGGAGACCGCUCAUGGAUUGGGAAUAACCAGAAGUCAUGGAGUUUGUGCUGGUUUUGUGCAUAUUCAGUGUCACAUGAUGGCAAAGUGAUCCAGCUACCUUCAAGAAUGUCCUGUAAUAAGAUAAGAGUGUACCUGGACUAUGAGGCUGGCAAGUUGUUGUUUUAUGAGCUUGGUGACCCCAUCAGACACUUGUAUACCUUCACUGCUACCUUCACCGAGCCCCUCCAUGCUGCACUAUGGGUAGGCUGGGAUGGGUCAUCAACGGACAUCUGGGUAAAACUGAAAACCUAGGUAAAAAAUUUGACUCUUGUGAUAAUAUAAGGGGCCUCUUAUUUUGAAGAUCUCCUGUGACCAUCAUGCAGGUUUUGUAGGUUUGGUUUAUUCAUAUGGUGCUUCAAAGUCAUAUUGGUUGUUCUUAAAUUAAAAUUGUUCCCUAUCAAUAUUUAUGGGAAAUCUACUGGCUCCACCACAGAUGGCAUAAUAUUUUGCCAUCUACCCAUGGCCUACGGGAGAGUUAUUACUUUGGAGCCCUAUCAGUACUUCAAACCACAUUCAUAGAUCGCACAACAUCCAUGACUUGCUCUGGGGUCACAUGAUCUUCAACCCUUUAUUUUUCAAAUUAACUUCAUUUGGGGGAGGAAAGAGGGGUUUACUGGUAUCUCCAAGGAGGAGAACCAUCUCACUAGUGUCACCUUUUUGGAAGUAGCUCCCUAGGAGUCAAAGUCUGACUUUUUAUCAAGCCUUGGAACAUGCCGAGGAAAAAUAGCCAAGCCAAAUAUGCAUCUUCAAGCACCCUGAAAUAGCUGAGGAUGGAUAUUUGGCUUAGCUAUUUUCCCAUUAUGUUCCAUGGCUUGCUAAACAAAAGGUUAGGCUUUGACUCAUAGGGAGCCACUUCCAAAAGGUGGCGCUAAUCAGACAUUUCUCUUUCAAAUGAACUUUGAUGCAAUACAGAAACUUCCUCUGUAAUCUAGACAUUAAAUGUCUUCAUCUGUUGUA